AUGCAGCCCGUUUUUGAUUAUCUGGAGGAGCCGCGCUCAACGUCUGCAUUUCUGCAACGCCGCCGGCUCGCGACUCCCGAUGGAGGGAGUGUGCCCGGGGAAAAACAAGCCCAGGGGCCGCCACCGCUGCAACUGCAACAGCAUUCGGGCCCUCGGACCUGGCCAGACCCAAAGCCCACUGGCCAGACGCAGUCCCCUCCCGGCCUUUGUGUCCAGGGGUCAACCACAAACAGUGCAAAAGUUCGGCUCCUCUUCCAGGUGGAGGUCCUCGAGCUCUCGCGGUCGGUGGAGACCUCGGAUGGAUCUCGCGGGGCCGGCAGCUCCGUUCUUCCCCCUUUUGCAUAG